CCAGAGCAACUCCUCUGGGGAAAUUCAGCGUCGAGGCAGCGUGCACCGUGAUUGCCUUUAAAAGCGCCCCACCCGCCCGCCGCGCUCACCCGGAUACCUGGGCUGCCCCGCGGCUGCGUGCGCACGUGUGUGUGCUCGUGUGUGUGUGUGAGAGAGACAGAGAAAGGGCGGGGAAGCGAGCCGGGCGUGUGCGGCGCGCGAGCCUGUGUUUCUCCCCGUGUGUGCUCGAGUGUGAGCCUUGGGAGGUGCGACCCGGUGUGCGGACCGGCGUGCGCGCUGGGGUGGGAGCGAGCCGAGCGCGUCUACACCGGCCAUGAGGGGCGCGGGCGCCUGGGCCGCGCUCUGCCUGCUGCUGGCCGUGGCCGCGCAGCUCUCCCGGCCGCAGCCCCUGGAGAGACCUGUUUUCACAUGUGGCGGCAUUCUUACUGGAGAGUCUGGAUUUAUUGGCAGCGAAGGUUUCCCUGGAGUGUACCCUCCAAAUAGCAAAUGUACUUGGAAAAUCACACCAAACCUCUGGCUAAAAGGUCCACGGCUUUUCUCAGUUCAAGAAGCACUCACAGCUGUUGAUCGCCGUGUCACCCCAGCUGACUGGCUACACAGAAGGGACUCGGAGGGUCAUGAUAGUGGUGCCAGAGGCAUGAGUUACAUUUUUGCAGUGGCCACUGAAAUUACAGAUGUUCCUGAAGGAAAAGUGGUAGUUCUUAAUUUCCGAUUCAUAGAUCUGGAGAGUGACAACCUGUGCCGCUAUGACUUUGUAGACGUGUACAAUGGUCACACCAAUGGCCAGCGUAUCGGGCGCUUCUGUGGCACGUUCCGGCCUGGAGCCCUUGUGUCCAGCGGUAACAAGAUGAUGGUGCAGAUGAUUUCCGAUGCCAACACGGCUGGGAAUGGCUUCAUGGCCAUGUUCUCUGCUGCUGAACCAAACGAAAGAGGGGAUCGGUAUUGUGGAGGACGCCUUGAAAGACCUUCUGGCUCUUUUAAAACCCCCAACUGGCCAGACCGAGAUUACCCUGCAGGAGUCACUUGUGUGUGGCACAUUGUAGCCCCAAAGAAUCAGCUUAUAGAAUUAAAAUUUGAGAAGUUUGAUGUUGAGCGUGACAACUAUUGCCGGUAUGAUUUUGUGGCUGUGUUCAACGGUGGAGAAAUCAAUGACGCUAAAAGAAUUGGAAAAUAUUGUGGCGAUAGCCCACCUGCGCCAAUUGUAUCUGAGAGAAAUGAACUUCUCAUUCAGUUUUUAUCAGACUUAAGUUUAACUGCAGAUGGGUUUAUUGGUCACUACAAAUUCAGGCCAAAAAAACUGCCUACAACUACAGCAUCACCUGUUAUCACCACGUUCCCUGUAACUACAGGUUUAAAACCCACCAUGGCCCUGUGUCAACAAAAGUGUAGACGGACGGGGACUCUGGAGAGCAAUUAUUGUUCAAGUAACUUUGUAUUGGCUGGCACCAUGAUCACAACUGUCACCCGAGGUGGAAGCUUGCAUGCCACUGUGUCGAUCAUCAACAUCUAUAAGGAGGGAAAUCUGGCAAUUCAGCAGGCUGGCAAGAACAUGAGUGCCAAGAUCACUGUGGUCUGCAAGCAGUGCCCUCUCCUCAGGAGAGGUCUAAAUUACAUUAUUAUGGGCCAAGUGGGUGAAGAUGGGCGAGGCAAAAUCAUGCCAAACAGCUUUAUCAUGAUGUUCAAGACCAAGAAUCAGAAGCUCCUGGAUGCCUUGAAAAACAAGCAAUGUUAAUAAUGAACUGUGUCGAUUUAAGCUGCAUUCUGUCAUUGCCUUUGAAAGAUCUCUAUUUUUCUCUGUAGGAAAAAAAAGUCAUAUUAAAUAUUGAGCAUUCAGAAAGAUUUACUCUUCACAUGAUGUAGGUGUGAGACCUCCGGUAUCACUGGUGGGAGUUCUUUGCCUGCGCCGAGAGGAGCAGAUACGUGAUUGAAAACUUGCAGACUUGGUGCGGCGAUAGGAAACUGAAUGUAUCAAGCACUGACAGUGUGGAAGCAGUUUAUUUAUACGUCUCUGUAAAAGGGUAUUUUAGAAAUGAGUAGUGUGAAGAUGUAAAAAGGAGAUUUUAUAAGUGCAAUAUUUAUAGUGAUAUUUGUUUUACCUUCAGGCAAUUGCUGUGAGGGGUUAUAUUCUUCUCUUGCAUUUUUUAAGUCACUGCUUAAUAAAAUAUUUUUAAAUGAUUA